AUGUCAAGCGAUCCACCCAACUUUAUAUCGAUCUACGACAAUACAGCUACAGCUAACUUUGUGUACCUAUCCGAGAGUGUUACGGAGGCGACAGGGUGGACACCAGACGAGCUGAUUGGCAAAAAGGCGUACGACUUAUUCCACCCAGAGGAUGUUGGUUCCUUGACGCGUAUCCAUGCAGCCAAUGUCAUGAAUGAGAAAAUGUCGAGCAUGGCACGUUACCGAAGCAGGCACAAGGAUGGCCAUUACGUGAUGCUAGAAACGGUUGUCCAUUACUGCUACGAUGUGAUUGUGUGCACCAACUUUAUAUAUGACCCGCAAGAUAUCCGGCACAAGAUACGUAGCACCUCUGUGGAUGAAGUAUGGGUGGUCGAUACGAAUGGAGCACUGCACUUGGAAGGAGCAUGGAACGAUAACCAGGAGAGGAUGCACAAGACGUUGGCUACAGCUAACCAGUGGAUCAACAAUCGAGUCGAGCAUCCACAAGAGCCACGGUUCUGUUUGAUCAUCAAUCGAUACACGUACAAUUAUACAAUCGUGUUUAUAUCCCAAAUGGCGGAAAAGUUGGUUGGUGCGCAAUGCGAUCAGGUAUUGGGGCGGUCGUUACUUGAGCUGGUGAGUGAACGCGACGUGGAUGUCGUCCAAGCGCAACUCGACAUGGUGAAAUCAAGCGACAUGAUCAUGCGGAUGCGUUUCAAUUGGCUUAUGGAUGCGGUCAAUAAUACCACAGAGGCAGUGGAGGCUAUUGCAAGUUCAAGUAAUGAUGGUAUCACCGUGGUCGUUCGACUUGCUCCAAGGAUCUCUGUCACUCAACAAGAAUAA